CUUGUGUAUAACUGAUGGACUGGGACACCAGGCUCAAAAUUGCGAUUGGAUCAGCCAAAGGACUUGCUUAUUUACAUGAGGAUUGUCACCCUCGCAUCAUUCACCGAGACAUAAAGGGUGCAAACAUUCUAAUUGAAAACAACUUUGAUGCCAAAGUGGCAGAUUUUGGAUUGGCAAAGUUUAAUCAAGACACUAACACAUGUUUCUACUUGUGUGAUGGGAACAUUUGGGUAAAAUACUAAUAAACCAAACAAUUCACAAAGUUUUAUAUCAUUAUAUGUGUAUGUUUCUGUCUGCUAAUACCAAAUUGGUCUAAUCACUUGGUUUCUUAUUCAGGUAUUUGGCUCCUGAGUAUGCAUCAAGUGGCAAAUUAACUGUGAAAUCUGAUGUUUUCUCAUUUGGUAUCAUGCUAUUGGAGCUCA